AUGCCGCACCCGGCCGUUUUCGCACUGCGCCCGGCCGUUUUCGCGCCGCGCCUGACCGUUUUUGCGCCGCACCGCGCCGCGCCUGGCCGUUUUCGCGCCGCACCCAGCCGUUUUCGUGCCGCGCCCAGCCGUUUUCGCGCCGCCCCUGACCGUUUUUGCGCCGCACCGCGCCGCGCCUGGCCGUUUUCGCGCCGCACCCAGCCGUUUUCUUGUGAAAGCUGCGUGGACCUGCUGUUUGUUCGGGGAGCUGGGAAUUGCCAAGAGUGUGAUACCCCUUUGCGGAAGAGCAACUUCAGAGUGCAACUCUUUGAGGACCCAGCUGUUGACAAGGAGGUGGAAAUCCGUAAGAAGGUGUUGAAAAUAUACAAUAAAAGGGAGGAUGACUUCCCCAGUUUAGUAGAAUACAAUGAUUUCCUGGAAGAAGUGGAAGAAAUUGUGUUCAACCUCACCAACAAUGUUGAUGUAGAGAGUACAAGAAAGAAAAUGGAAAUAUACCAGAAGGAAAACAAAGAAGUUAUUCAUAAAAAUAAGAUCAAAUUGUCUCGAGAACAAGAGGAGCUGGAAGAGGCACUGGAGGUUGAACGGCAGGAGAAUGAGCAAAGGCGGCUUCUUAUACAAAAGGAAGAACAAAUGCAACAGAUGUUGAAGAGGAAGAACAAACAGGAACUUCUGGAUAAGUUGGAAAGUUCUCAUCUGCCGGCUUCUUUGUUGUUAGCCCAGCAUAAAGAUCGGUCUACACAGCUAGAAAUGCAACUGGAGAUUCCCAAACCUGUCAAGCCAGUGGCAUUUUCAACAGGCAUCAAAAUGGGUCAGCAUAUUUCCUUAGUGCCUGUUCCAAAGAUGGAAGAAGUACUCUACGAAUAUAAACCACUGCAUGUAGAGACAUUUGGACCAUUGGUUCCAGAGGUGGAAUUGCUGGGAAAAUUAGGGUAUCUAAACCAUGUCCGAGCUGCUUCCCCACAGGAUCUUGCUGGUGGCUACACUUCCUCCCUUGCCUGUCAUCGAGCCCUUCAAGAUGCCUUCAGUGGGCUGUUUUGGCAUCCUGGCUAGCUGGGGGGUAACAGACACCAAAGCAGAGCACGCAAAACCUCAGGUGAAAAUUGUUGCCGUCUGCACUAUGGCUAAACUGCUGUCAUCUAUCUUUUUAAAAAAACAUUGUGAAGCCAGCUGUGCUUAAGUAUUAAAAACUCACUAUAUAGAAACUUUAUUUAGAAAAGGUGGUGGUGUGUAUGUGGUUUUUUCUUUUCUGUGGUUUGCGGAUGAGGGUGGGAUGCUUUAUGUCACUCUCCUGAGAGGUUAAUGGAAGAUGUGAGUAAUUGUUUUGUGUGUUUAAGGUUUCUGAAACA